GGGGCUGGGUUCGCUGUUACGUAGACGGUGUAGCGGUGCGUGUUCGUGGGCGGGGUGCGGGUUGGGCUCUGUUGGCUGCGUGCGGGUGCCGGAGCCGUUCACCGGAGCCGUUGGCAGGAGGCGAUGGCUGACAAGCAACUUACUGCUCCGCUAAUCUAUGCUGUUUCUGUUGCUGCCAUUGGAUCUCUUCAGUUUGGGUACAACACCGGUGUCAUUAAUGCUCCAGAGAAGAUCAUCCGGGGCUUCUACAACAGGACUUUAUCUCAGCGGAGUGGGGAGCCCACCUCCCCAGAGCUUCUUACCUCACUAUGGUCCCUUUCUGUGGCAAUCUUCUCGGUAGGAGGUAUGAUUGGCUCCUUCUCAGUCGGCCUUUUCGUCAAUCGAUUUGGCAGAAGGAACUCCAUGCUGCUGGUGAACGUCUUGGCUUUUAUUGGGGGUGCUCUCAUGGCCUUAUCCAAGUAUUCAAAGUCAGUGGAGAUGCUGAUAAUUGGGCGCUUCGUUAUUGGCCUUUUCUGUGGUCUGUGCACUGGCUUUGUUCCCAUGUACAUCAGUGAAGUCUCACCCACUGGCCUUCGUGGAGCAUUUGGAACACUCAACCAGCUGGGCAUAGUUAUAGGCAUCCUGGUGGCCCAGAUUUUUGGCCUCAAGGAGAUAUUGGGGACUGAAGCACUUUGGCCACUGCUGUUGGGGUUAACAAUUGUCCCAGCAGUUAUGCAGUGUGUGGCUCUUCUUUUCUGCCCUGAGAGCCCCCGUUUCCUGUUGAUCAACAAGAUGGAGGAAGAGAAGGCACAAACAGUUCUCCAGAAGCUCCGUGGUACACAAGACGUAUCUCAAGACAUCUUGGAGAUGAAAGAAGAGAGUGCUAAAAUGUCUCAGGAGAAGAAAGUAACUAUACCAGAGCUCUUCCGCUCCCCAAACUAUCGUCAAGCCAUUAUGAUUUCCAUCACACUACAGCUCUCUCAGCAGCUCUCAGGCAUCAAUGCUGUAUUCUAUUAUUCUACAGGGAUUUUUGAAAGAGCUGGCAUCAAAGAGCCUGUAUAUGCCACCAUUGGAGCUGGUGCGGUAAACACAGUCUUCACUGUUGUGUCACUGUUCCUGGUAGAGCGUGCAGGGCGCAGGACCCUCCACUUAGUUGGUUUGGGUGGCAUGGCUGUGUGUGCUGCUAUUAUGACUGUUGCUUUGGCUCUGAAGGAACAAUGGAUCAGAUACAUCAGCAUUGUUGCCACUUUUGGCUUUGUGGCCCUUUUUGAGAUUGGCCCUGGACCCAUCCCUUGGUUCAUUGUGGCAGAACUUUUCAGUCAAGGUCCUCGGCCUGCAGCCAUGGCGGUGGCUGGUUGUUCUAACUGGACUUCUAAUUUCUUAGUAGGAAUGCUCUUCCCAUAUGCUGAGAAAUUAUGUGGCCCCUAUGUCUUCCUUAUUUUCCUUGCUUUCCUGGUCAUCUUCUUCGUCUUCACAUACUUCAAAGUGCCAGAGACCAAGGGCAGAACAUUUGAAGACAUCUCCAGGGGCUUUGAAGAACAAGUAGAAAGACAAUCUCCACCCUCACCGCCUACAGAGAAUACAGAGAAGAACCCCAUGGUGGAGAUGAACAACAUAGAACCUGAAAAAGAAGCUGCCUAAGACUCACAACACACUCUUUCUUUGACUCUUCUAUAUUCACAGAGUCAUUAAAGGAAUGAGCAAAGAAAUGAUGAGAACUGUAACAAUUUCUUUCUCUAACAGCUGCUAUUUUCUUCUCUGUACCUACAUACUCCCUGUUCCCCCUGUUCUGCCAGGCUUACCAGUGUUAAGCAAAUCUGAUAUGGGUGAUCUCAUUUUCCAAUACUGGAAGGUACUUGGCACUCUAGCAAAAACCUUAUUCUUUGCCAUAAACACCAGGUGAACGCGUCGAUAAUAUUGUUACUUUGCUCACCUGUAGUUGCUAUUUGGAAUUAACAUCCUUAUUUAUGCAGUGACCAUAAUGUAAUUUAAAUUCUAUUUUUGUAGCGAGUUAAAGUUGCCCACCAAAUAAGUCCCCUGCCCUUUGAGUCUAUUCUGUGUGGGUGUGUGCACAUGGAUGUGCGGUGUUACACUGGAAUUUAACAAGCCUACCAAAAAGUCAGCUCCUUUUUUCCUUUCCAGUGUGCACUUUCAGCCUCAGGAAAAGGGGGACCAAGUUGCAUGCUUUUUUUUUUUUUCCUUGCUUUUAUUUUUUUGUAUAGACAAAGGGAACAUACUUUUACUUAAGUUUAUUUAUUUGUAUGUCACUUUGUAAAUAUUUAUUUUUUAACUUGUGUACAAAAAUGUACAGAUAACAAAGUUGAAGAUGUUUGACAAAUAGUUAUUCUAACAGAAGAUGCCGUAGACUUGAGGUGCAAUAAAACUGUAAACUAGAAGAAGGAAUACUGUACCAGACAGGAAGCUGCGUGUUUUGGAUGGUAGGACAGAGCCAAUAGUGCACGUCACCUUUUAAAGUUAAUUCUGCCUUCUGAAUGAAUUAAUGCUGAUGAGAAGCAGUAUAUUUGUCCACGGAAAUUCCUAUGCAAUUUGGAUAUUUUUGGGUGGCAACUUUAAAUAUUGCUCUAAAGUAUUAUUUGGAAAGUGAUAUUGCAGCAAAGGGGUGUUAUUACUUUAUAUUUUCAGCAGCAGUUUAGCAUUGUUCAAGAUGACUGAGAAUAUUGACUGCAAACCAGAAGGUGACUUACUCUUCUUUUUUGCCUUGGCUUUUUGGCCUCUUUGCUGUAUUCUAGUAGGCCAGAAAGUUUGAAGCUUGCAGGUAGUUACUUGAGGUGCAUGGAGCUAAAAGUUAUUUUCCGGAGCUGUUUCACAAUUACUUAUAAAUAUUUGAGGCAAAAUUCCACCAUUUGUGUCUACAAAGGUCUUGCCAUGACACAUGUACGUGCAUAGAGAUACAGAAUUAGAGACCAGAGCUGCUGGAAUACACUAGUUUAGCAGCUUGAAACUCAGUCUGCUAGUUUGGUUGUAGGCCAAAUGCUUUUGUCCCAUGUCCUCCCUGGAAGAGGCAGUGCCUAGCAUUGUUUGUGCAAAUCUGUUGUAUUACCUCUGUUAGACCUAACAUGGCAGACACAGGGAGCAUUAUAUAGUAGGUAAUGCUCUCCCCUCUUUCUCAUUGCUAGAUGUGUAUAUACUCACGGUUAUGGAGCUAAUCAGUUCAGUUUAGGAAGGGGGAAGAAGAAGUAUAUGUGAUAUUUUGGGGACUGUUGCUUCCUGACUGUAGUGGUGAGUUUUGGCUGGUAUAAGCUAGGAAAAUUACUGGAGUGGGAUGGGCAGACUCAUCUUAGGCCUGCAUUUUUUUUCCUUUUUAUCAUAGUCUAACUCAGGUCUACCUGCAGUCUUGCACCAGACAUCUUAUACAAGAAGCAGGUUUGCAGCAGCUUAGAUAGGUAAAUGGAUAAUGCCCCAAAUAGGAGAAAUGACAGCAGAAUUGGAAAUGGAAUGCAUAGCCCAAAUUUUCUUCAACCUGUUAUUUAACUGUUGUCAGGGAAGUCCCUUUAAUUCUAGAGUUGUCUUUAGCGUUUCUUUUAACUAGUGAUUUUUUUUCUUGUUUGUUUGUUUUCCAACCUUCCCUAAUGAGAACGAGUUGGAGAGAUCAGUAAAAUUUGCCUCUGUGAAAUACUUGCUGUGAUGUUGUUUGAAGUACUUCCAUCUUUGCACGAUGUAGUCCGAUUGCAUCCAGAUUUCCCCUGCUUUCCAUCAGGCUUCUGUAACAGAUAUUUAUUCUCAGAGGUAUUGUAGGACUCCUCUCACUCCUGACUUUGAUCUUUCUGCCCAGUUAUACAGUUUGUGCCCUUCCUUUGCAGGGAGAUGUCUUCAGUAUGGACAUCUGCUAUUCCGUGGUAUUUCCCCCACAGCUGUGUAUUCCAUACGUUGCUUUACAGGAGUGUGUUGGCUUGGAUCAAAGCAUACAGGUCUUUCUCAUAUGGUAUCUUUUGUUACUCUGUAAUGGCAUUGUGGAUAUUUUUGAUGGGUUUUUUAAGCUUAUUGUGAUUAGUUUCAUGUUUUUAAAAUAAAGAUUACAGGUCUAAUUAA